AUGUGUUUGAAGGACCUUCGCGAUGACAGAAAAACUAUUAUAUUUGGUAUCUACUUGCCUACGAGGCUUGUGGAUAGGCUGGAGAGCCUUAUUAGGCUUGAGGCAGUGGUCUCCAGGAUAAAUGGACCAUGUAUGGUCAUAGGGGAUUUCAAUGCUAUGAUGGGUAGCUGGAACAAAACGGGAGCUCCUCCUGUAGCUAGAUCUUCGCUGGCCUUCAAUCGCUUCAUUACAUCCUGCCUUAUGACUGAAGUGGAGGACCCCUCCAAGAAAUUUAUGUGGUCUAAUCAUAGAAGGGGGUCACAUGCUGUGUUGUGUAAGCUUGACUGGUCUUUUGUGAAUGGUAAGUGGGUUUCUGAAUUUGGUGCUUGGGGAACUCUCAAGGUCUCUACUUCCUCCACUUCUGAUCACAGCCUUUUAGUGUAUCAGAUGUCCACGAAUGGUAUUCUAAACAAGGGUCGUCGUCCCUUCAGGUUCUUCAAGCCUUGGAUCAUGGAUUCAGAUGGGUUGGAUAUAGUCAAGAAGGAAUGGGGCUCCAAUGUCACAGGCUGUCCCAUGAUCAGACUCCUUAAGAAGCUAGGGUUAGUUAAAUCUGCCUUACUGAGAUGGAAUGCGGAGAAGUUUGGUCGGCUAGAAAGCAGGAUCGAGAACCUUCGUCUUCGCCUAGACCAGAGCAGGCUUCUUGUUGAACAUGGGGACUGGGGAGCUACUAAACAGGAGUAUGAGAUUAGAGGUUUGCUCAAUGAUGCCCUUCUUAUGGAAGAAGUUAUGUGGAAGCAAAGGUCUCGGAUUAGAUGGCUUGCUGAAGGGGACAAAAACACAUCUAUCUUCCACAUCAUGGCCAACUGUCGUAAGGCUAAGUGGUAUAUCAGAGUCAUUGAAGUUGAUGGGGAAACACAUACAGAGGAGGCCAAGAUUUUGAAGGCGUGUGUACUUCCCAUUUCCAACAGCUUUUGGGGUCUGAUGUAG